CGUUUGCCCCCGCCCGGCCGCUCGGGGACUUGCUUUUUGUCGGCCAAACGAAAACCCGGGAUCCGGAGGCAGCGCCCUCGCCUUUAACUCGCCGCCCCUUCAGCGGCAGGAGCCAGCGGAGCCGCCGAGUCUCAGUGCCGGAGCCGGGCUGCGGGACGCUGCGGCCGCCAGCGCCUCAUGAGCCUGCCCUAGGGGCGGCGGGCGAAGCGGGGCUGCCUCGCCCCAGGGCGGCGGGCGGAGAAGGAUGCUGCCGCGGGCAGGGCAGCUGCUCCGGAGCGCCAGGGGGAGAUGGCAGCAGCCCCUGGCCGCCGCCGCCGCCAGAAGCGGUCGCUCCCUGCCGGCCGGGCCCCUGCCGGCUCCCCAGAUGCUGUGUCUGAAGCAAACUGGAAAUCUGAAGCACCAUAAAGCAGCAUGCUAUGGCACACUGGUGCCAUCUGAUGAAGUAACUGUCAAUUACAGAUAUGGCCUUCCUGUGGUAACCCUUAUGUUACCCUCAAGAAAAGAGCGCUGUCAGUUUACCGUCAAGCCAAUGUUAACAAGGGUGGGGACCUUCCUGCAGGAUAUACAGAAAGAAGAUAAAGGAAUUGAGAGGGCAGAAGUCUUUACAACAGAUGGUAGCAAGAUCCCUGCUACAGCAUUGAUGGAAGUUUUGUUGAUGAAUGACUUCAAACUUGUAAUCAACAACACAACUUAUAGUGUACAAGUCCCUGUAAAAGAGAAGUGGAGUAGAGAGCAUGCUGCUGAAGCAGAAGAUAUCAAAUCCUUGGUUCAUAGACUGUUCAUCGCCCUUCAUUUAGAAGACCACCAGUUAAGGAGAGAGAGAGAACUGCUUCAGAAACUGGACCACCUAAGGGAACAGCUGGUACCCCUUGAGCAGAUGAAAGCCAAAAUUGCAACAAGUGCAGAUGCAAAGACCAAUAGGCUCCUAUGGACUGGCUUAGCACUACUGUCCACUCAAGGUGGAGCCCUGGCCUGGCUCACGUGGUGGGUCUAUUCAUGGGAUAUAAUGGAGCCAGUGACAUAUUUUAUCACGUACGGGAGUGCCCUGGCAUUCUAUGCUUACUUUGUACUUACUAAACAGGAUUAUGUUUACCCAGAUAUUAAAGACAGGCAAUUCCUCCACUACUUCUACCGGAAAUCCAGAAGCCAACAUUUUGAUGUGGAACAGUAUAACAAGCUAAAAGAGGCACUGGCAGAGGUUGAAGAGUCCCUGAGACGCCUGCAUCAGCCCCUACAUCUGCAACUUCCAAUACAAGAAAUUAAUGACAAAGACUAAUUUUUUUUCAUAACUGAAUUGUUGUUUCCAACACCGAUUCCAAUAUUUAGUUUCUAUGUUGCAAACUGAAUAUUUUUGACCACUAUAGUUCUGAACAUUACUAGAAAUGUUGAUUAAAACUAUUAUAUCAUUAGAUUUUCAAAAAAUAAUUCCUGAAAUAAAGAAAUCUUUCAAAAUAUGCAUUCAGAUCUUGUAAUAAAAUUGUCUCUCCGUUUUAGUAAAUUGAUGUGGGCAUAAGAGUCAGUGUGGUGGACUAGUGUACUGAAGCAUUUUACUAUUUUUGAUGGGACUAUUACCAACAGCAGAGGAAUAGCUCAAAAAUUUGAUAUGUCAUGGAAAGAUUUCUGGUAUUUAUGGUCAACUGUAUUUUUAUACUUGAACAAGUCUCCUGUCUAAAGUUCCAAUUCAGGAAAGUCCAUGUUUAAAAAGGGAGAGGGAUAGCUCAGUGGUUUGAGCAUUGGCCUGCUAAAUCCAGGGUUGUGAGUUCAAUCCUUGAGGGGGCCAUUUAGGGAUCUGGGGCAAAAAUCUGUCCAGGGAUUGGUCCUGCUUUGAGCAGGGGGUUGGACUAGAUGACCUCCUGAGGUCCCUUCCAACCCUGAUAUUCUAUGAUAAGUGCUUUCCUGAACAGAGAUGAACUGUAAAUCAUGUGGUUAAGUAAUCCUGAAUCAGAGCCAAAAAGAUGGUCCUCAUUUUGUGAUACUAACUCUAUUUCUAUACUUCUGCAGUAUCUCCCAUCCAGAACCUCUUGCCACUUAUGAAAGUGGAUAAGUAUUAUCCACAUUUUACAGAUGGGGAAACUAAACCGUAUAGACGUUAAAUGAGUUGCUUAAGGCCCCAAGUUGAGGGAAUCCCUGACCCAGAAUUAAGGAAACCAUUUCUUGGAUCUCUCUCCAUGGCUCUAACUUCUGGCAGUGGUGCUGUCUUAACUGACAAAAUCAGAGUACAGAAACCUUGAACCACAGACUAAGAUCCUCUGCAUUAUUUGAUUUUAAGUUACACAGCAAGAAUAAAUUUUUAGAAAGAUACCUAUUAGAAUGAAUAUACAGGGUUAGUUUACAUCUAAUAUCAAAUUGGGGGGGGGGGGGGGGAUGGGAGAGAGAGACUGGCUCAGUUUCCUUUUAGAGAAAUACAUUUGUUAGAUGCUUUGAUCAUUUAUCCUAAUCAAGUUGUAUGCGAUUUAUAUACUGAAUGAAUAAAAUUUAAUGAUAAAACUA